CUCAUGUUCAGGUGGAACUUCCUGUGCAUCAGUUUCUGCGCAUUGCCUCUUGUCCUGAAGGCAUCGUGUCCUGAGAGCAUGUGCGCACCUCGUGUGUAACAAAAUUAUGACAUGAAGUAACUUUGUUAUGGAGAGGAAUGACGGAGUGUGGCAGGGAAUAUAUAGAGGCUCGGCAGGGAGUGCUACGCCUUUUCUCUAUACGAACACAGCUGAAGAGCAAAAGCCGUCCUCAGAAGGUGUGUUUGUGUCCAUUCCUGCCCGUACAUCCGCUAAAGGUCUCCACCUGCUUGUAUAUAAUCCAGCAUCCAGCAGAGGAAAGUCGAGUGUUAAGGACAGUGCCUUUGCUAGCAGCUUGUCUCCCUCCAGACAAAUGUAAAAUUUUGGUUGGUCGACGUUUUAGUGAAGACAGGUAUCCUGAAUUAGCAACCGUGUGCAGGAAUCCCAAUACUCUAAUUUUAUAUCCUGGAGCUGAAGCAACCAAUUUGGAAGACGUUGCAGUGAUGUCUCCUAGUUCAUCUGUUAUGAUCAUCAUUGAUGGAACAUGGAGCCAGGCUAAAGAUAUAUUUUACAAAAAUUCCCUCUUCCGUCUUCCCAAGCAGGUGCAGUUAAAAACCAAUCAUUCAAGUCAAUAUGUAAUUCGUACACAGCCAACGAACACCUGUCUGUCUACACUUGAAUGUGCAGCUGUUGCUCUUACUAUCAUGGAAAAGAAUAAGAGCAUACAAGAGACUAUACUCCAUCCACUUCAAGCUUUAUGCUCUUUCCAGCUUCAGCAUGGUGCCCAGAUCCAUCACAGCAAGGAACAUCUUCUCAAAAAUGGCUUAUAUGACAAGCCAAUGCCGAAGAAUAAACGCAAACUCAGAAGAAUGGAGCUUUUGGUGAAUAAUGUUAAAAUAUAAGAAAACGGUACUGACUGUGCAGUGGAAUUUAUUUGCAAUUAUUUGCAAAUUUAUUCACAAAUGAAUAGGACUCUGAAUUUGAUCCAAAUGGUUGACUGUACUAUAAUAAAACAACUUUUAGGCCUUCAUAGGAAAGAGUUUAUCUACCAACAUGACAAACAGUAAUGGACAAGCUUUUUCAUUUUUGCAGUAGGCCAGGUGCCUUUUUUCAGAUGAUGGAAGAUCAUUCUCAUUUCCUGGAAAGAAGAGAAAGAAAACUCUGAACAUAAUUUAGAGUUAUGCUAUCACUUGAGUGUCAAAUAUGAUCCUCAAUAUGACUGGAUAAAUUUAUUUUCGGGAGGCUUUUAUCAGUACAAAAAGACAAGAAAUAUGAAUAUGAAUGUGAUGGGACAGUAAGGCUUCAGCAUUUAGAAUUAUAUUGAAUUUCUGCUGAGCUUUUUAGCUUCAGUAUCUAAUUACAGUAGGCUUUCAAACUGUAAUUCCUUAUAUUACUUGGUUCAGAUGAACAUAAGGCAUGGUAUUUGGAUAGUUCUUUUUAACUUUGAGAUUUUUAUUUCUUAUAUUGUUAGAACUCCUUGUUGUAAAUUUACAUAUAUUUUACAAUGCAGUCGGGUUUUGUUUCUCUCAGAGUUAAUUUUUAAAUUAAGCCUGCAUACGUUUUUACCAGAAACUGAACAGCUCCUAUAUAUAAAAAAAAAAAAAAAAAGGCAAUGUAGAAAAAUGAUUUUUGGAAUUUUAACUCAGGUGCUUCACUCUUACUUGAGUAAAAACUAGUCUUCUGCAAAUGGGGAGAUCGUGUAGAUAUGAAUACAUCAUACCCAUAUCUUGACAUGCAGUGGUUAUGCUACUAAAGGAAUUAAACAAGUCCAAUGUAAAUGGCUCUGUAAGAAGUAUGAUGCAAUGACAAAUGAUUAUGUCUGGUUACAGCCUACUAACAGGAUUACAGAUCUAUUAGAUUUCAUGUGUUCUUUAGGUUUUCACUUCUAACGGUGAUAGAUAACUGUACGUCUUUCUAAUGGGAAUUGCUGGAAGCACAAGAAUUGGGUAUUUUCACAAAUUUUCUGAAAUAAUAUUCUAUGAUCUGGUGGAAAAAAUAGAGUGAAAUAAAGGGUCUCAUGAUUCUUUCUUGUUAUACAUAAAUGCCUCCUUCAUGCAACGAAUUAAAAUGGUUAAUGUUUGUCUUUACUGUCGGUCCCACGCUAGGUAACAACAUGGAACUAAUUGGCUACUAAUUAAACUUA